AUGUCAACAAAAUACGAUCGCGCAAUUGAGCUUUGCGGAGUUAUUAAGAGAAUUCCACGCACAGGAUGGGUUCGUAAUCACGUCAAUGAUCCAGAAUCUGUUGCUGAUCAUUCAAUGAGAACAGCUUUCUUAGCAAUGACCAUCUGCCCAAAGGAAGUCAAUAAAGACAAAGCAGUUCAAAUGGCAUUAAUCCAUGAUUUAGCUGAAUCUAUCGUAUCUGAUAUCACUCCAUUUGACGGAGUUACACUUGAAGAUAAAUUUAACCGCGAAAAUAAGGCAUGGCAGCAUAUUUGUGAUAGUCUUGGUAAUGAUGAGAUGCAUAAGAUAUGGCUCGAGAUGGAAGAAAGAAAAACACCAGAAGCCAAAUUUGUUACAGAACUUGAUAAGCUUGAAAUGUUAAUUCAAGCAGAAGAAUACGAAAACUUACAAGAAGGAUUACAUUUGGAUCAGUUUUAUAACAAUUUUGAUGGAUUUUUCACAUUUGAUUGCACAAAAGAAAUUUACAACGCAAUUCAGACACGCCGUGCUGCAAAGAAGAAUAAAUAA